UGCAUGUGCCCAAUGCCAUGGCGGCCGAUGUGACUGUUCUUGGUGCGGGCGUGAAAGGUGACGAGGAGGCGCCUGUCGAGCUUGAGGGCGGAAGUUUGCUUGAGGAUGGUGGGGUGAAGCAGGAGGCGUAUUUUCAGCCCAACUUUUGUCGAAGUGUUAUUGCUUGGUGCUUUUCGCUGCUGCUCUUCUGCAUUGUCUUGAGCAUGUCGAGGAUCUUUGAGCUGAGCUCGAAAGUCUCCACGAACGCCCAAGUCUGGGUGGAUGUCAUAGCGGCCAUGUCUCACACAGCACCCCCUGAGUCCGCUGCCAUCUUAGCAGCCAGACGCCGAGAUCCAUCCAGCAUUCCCGAUGCCACUCUGUUCUCUACUCCCUGGCUGGUCCAUCGAUUUGCGAAAGCCGGAGUUUCGCCCCAUAUGUGCCUCCAGUGCCUUAUGGUUGGAACGUUAUCGUUGAAAGUCUUGGAACUACAAGUGGAGUAUGCCAGACGCCAUGGCUAUGACCUCUACACCUAUAUUGAUGACUCUGAGCUAAGUGACAAAACACACGAAGUUCAUUUUUGGAAGAUGAGAUCAACACAAUAUUUGAUAGAGAGUGGCACGACUGGGUGCGACUACAUUUUUUGGAUGGAUUCAGAUGCCAUUAUCAUGAACAUGUCCUUUUCUCUGGAAAAUCUCAUCCAUUGGGACGGAAUGGAAGACACUGACAUCGUGUUGGCGGCGGAUACUCUGGCCGCGAAUCUGGCUCAAAGUCUUUGGAAGUUCAGCCGAUUCACGCACCAGAUUUUGGAAGAUUCAUGGAACAUGGGCAGUUUUGCUCCUCUGGUAGAGACGGGGGCCUUUAAUGCAAUCCUCGGAGGAUGCCAGCCAGAAAACAGUCCAGAAGAAAAGGACGCUUGCUACAGACAUAUGGAUGUUGGCUGGCACAAUCGCACAUUUGCACGGGAACAUUUCUAUCCAGGAGACAAUAGAAAAAUCAAAGAACUGGUGGUGAAUAAGAGCUUGCUGCCCCACAUAAAGUGGGUUCCCAAGCGUGCAAUCAAUUCCUACCCAUUUGGUUAUUUUGGAGGUCAAUACCGCUGGGGUGAUCCAGACUUUAUAGUGCACUGUCCCGGCGGCAAAGGGAAGUCCGUGUUUUUGCCGCAAUACAUCGAGCGGGGCCUGUUGAAUGCCGGCCUGCCCCCUGAUCCAGCGGCAGACGCCCGCAGAGAUCCCAGUGGUGUGCCAAACGCCACCAGCAGUACCAGGCCCAGGCUCACCCGAAGGGAGUCGACCCAACUGUUGAUUGACAAGACGGACUGUGAGUAUAUCUUCUGGUUGAGCGUCGAUGCAGUCAUCGUGGACAUCAACUUCAAAAUUGAGAGCUUGAUCAAGUGGCAAGGUGCCAGCGACACAGAUCUCGUAGUGGAAGAAGGAGUGGACACGGUAGCCAAACCCCAGCGGAAGGCCAUCUUACCCACAAAAGAAGUAAUCUGGACCCUGGAAGAAGUAGCUGCGGAAUCAGGUCCGACCCCGGCUGGUAGUGGGGAGAACAUGAGUGCCAAGACUAUCCUUGACCAGUACAUCCGUGGAGUGGUGAGAUUCCAGACCCUCCAGGAAGAAGGAGUGGACACGGUAGCCAAACCCCAGCGGAAGGCCAUCUUACCCGCAAAAGAAGUAAUCUGGACCCUGGAAGAAGUAGCUGCGGGAUCAGGUCAGACCCCGGCUGGUAGUGGGGAGAACAUGAGUGCCAACACUAUCCUUGACCAGUACAUCCGUGGAGUGGUGGGAUUCCAGACCCUCCAGGAAGAAGGAGUGGACACGGUAGCCAAACCCCAGCGGAAGGCCAUCUUACCCACAAAAGAAGUAAUCUGGACCCUGGAAGAAGUAGCUGCGGGAUCAGGUCAGACCCCGGCUGGUAGUGGGGAGAACAUGAGUGCCCACACUAUCCUUGACCAGUACAUCUGUGGAGUGGUGAGAUUCCAGGACGAUGUCAGACGGGAGCUGGACAUGGAGGUCCUUGACACGCCAGAUCAUCCUGUGGAGGAUGCAGCAAUGACAGGAAGCCACUCCAACAAGCGGCGCCGGACGCCCACAACGGCAGGGAGCCUAGGGACGUGGCAACUGAUCCGGGAUGACCAACAACUUCCACCCCCACUGGGUCCAUUGCGGGUGGUGUCAUCCUCGAAGAAAUCUACUUGGAUGACCGGCGUGGUUGCUAAGUAG